AUGGGAAAUUGUUUACGCCGUGAAUCGUCUAUGCAAUGGGGCGGCGAAGACUGGGGCUCACCGGUGCCGGACCGUUUUUACUCUACUAAUACAAGACAUGGAAGCAGCAGGCACGACAAGGUCAUGUACGUAGAAGAGGAGGAGCUUCAUGGAGACGACAAACGCUUAUUAACGUCUUCAACCUCGUCGAGUACAGAAGUAAAGAUCAAGAUUACAAAGAAACAGCUUGAGGAGUUACUGGGUAGGGUUGACAUGAAAGAAUUAUCAGUAAAACAAGUUUUGGCUCAGUUGAUGAUAGAAGUCGGCUCCGAUCGAUGUGAGUCGCAUCAACGGUCGUGGAGGCCUAAUCUGCAGAGUAUUCCUGAGUGA